AUGGACAGAGCUGAUAUGAUGAUCCUGAAUUUGAAGUUACAAAAAUAUGGCCAUGGAAGUGCAGGUGACUAUAUUGCGGAAUCCAUAUGGGAGGUUCUUUUAUGGUGGAAUGUAGAAUACAUGGAUACUAGUUGGAUUGACUUACAAAAAGGGGAUACCCGUUAUUAUAACGGUUGCAUGGAAUUUUUAGAGGUUGCAAAGGAGACUCUUCUAAAGGGAAAAACUCGAUGCCCGUGUAAUAAAUGCAAGUUAAAUAAAUGGUUUGACUUAGGCGAGGUAGGAGGACACAUUUUAUUUAACGGUUUUUAUAAGAACUAUAGGCAAUGGAUUUUCCAUCGUAGAGUUGAAGAGAGUAAUACCUUAGAGAUCCCUAAUGAUCAAGAAAAUGUAGUUGGUCGAGAUGAUAUGAAUGGGUUACUAAGAGCAGCUUUUAAGGUUGACAAUAGUCCACAACCCACCAACGAACCCCAAGACCCAUCAUUAAGUGAAGCUAAUUUUGAAGAUGAAUAUUCGUAUGACAUGCAUGAAGAGUUAAAUUUUGAAUGUGAGGAAGAUGAUGAAUUUCCAUCAACCAACACCAAUGAAGAAGAAGCGAAGUAUAAACGACUUAGGGAAGCUUCUGAUGAGGGUCUAUAUGAGGGGUGUACAACUUUCUCAAAGCUGUCGUUUCUAUUGCACUUGUUUCACCUCAAGUGUAUGUUCCAUUGGUCUGCCGCAUCAUUUAAUAAGUUGCUUGAGCUUCUAUUAGACGCAUUUCCUUAUAUUAAGGGGUUUCCAUCGUCGUAUUAUGAAGGCAUGAAGAUAAUGAAUGAUUUGGGAUUGGGUUACGAGAAAAUCCAUGCAUGUCCGAAUGAUUGCAUGUUAUAUUGGGGCGAAUUUGCAGGAAAAAGUGAGUGUCAUAUCUGCCACAGAUCAAGGUGGAAGAAUGUGAAAGAAAAGGAGGGUGAGAGUAGUGUGAAAGACAAAGGAACAUGUAAGAAGGGUGUUCCAGCUAAAGUGAUGCGGUACUUUCCUCUGAUCCCUAGACUAAAGAGACUUUACAUGUCAUCUAAAACAGCAGAGGACAUGAGAUGGCAUUUUGACCGCAAGGAUGGAAAUAUCAUAAGUCACCCGGCGGAUGGUGAAGCUUGGAAAAUGUUUGAUAAAAGAUAUGAGGAAUUCGCCAAAGAUCCUCGUAAUGUUAGAUUGGGUCUAGCAAGUGAUGGCUUUAAUCCAUAUCGUUUGAUGAAUACUAGUUAUAGUACAUGGCCGGUGAUCCUGAUUCCUUAUAAUUUGCCACCGUGGCUUUGUAUGAAGUCGACAUCAUUUAUUUUGUCUGUGCUUAUUCCGGGGAAACAGGGUCCUGGUAUGGAUAUUGAUGUGUACUUGCAACCAUUAAUCCAUGAGUUAAAAUUGUUGUGGGAAGGUGUAGAUGCCUUUGAUGCUUAUAGCGGAAAAAAUUUCAAGAUGCGAGCAGCCUUACACUCCACUAUAAAUGACUUUCCAGCAUAUGCUAUGUUGUCGGGUUGGAGUACAAGAGUUGACCAUCCUUAUCGUUCUCAAACAAAUGAAUUUGAUGGGACAGAGGAACAUGGUCUUGCUCCGGUUCGUGUAAGCGGGACAGAAGUUUUGAAGCAACAAGAAAAAGUUAAGUAUGUGUAUGGAAAGUCAAAAGUUGUUCAGAAAAAAAGAGGGAGACUAGAAGAUGAUGAACUUGAUGAUGAUGAUGAUGAUAAUGAUGAUAAUGACCAGGAUGAGUCUAAUCGUGUUCUGUGGAAAAAGAAAAGUAAGCUUUUUGAAUUAGAAUAUUGGGAACAUAAUCCUCUUAGACACAACUUAGAUGUUAUGCACAUUGAGAAGAAUGUAUGUGACAAUUUCUUAGGAACUCUUUUAGAUAUGAGCAAGAGUAGAGAUGAUAAGAAUGCUAGAUUGGCCCUUAAAAAACUGAACAUAAAAUCUCAUCUUUGGCCUCAAUCUCAUCCAAGUCGUGUUAACGACUAUUUGCCUCCGGCUGCGUACACUAUGUCUAAAGAAGAGAAAGAAAGAUUUCUUACAGUCCUACAAAAUCUUAAAGUUCCUAAUGGGUAUGGAUCUAAUUUGCAAAGGUGUGUGAAUUUGAAGCAACGAAAACUUAUUAAUCUGAAAAGCCACGACAAUCAUAUGCUCAUGCAAGAUGUCCUUCCUGUUGCUUUAAGAGCAUCUAAUGCUACAAAAGUAAUUGAUUUGCUCGAUGAAUUGUCGUACUUUUUCAAGAAGAUAUGUUCAGCUGCUAUUGAAAGAAGUGAAUUAGAUACCAUUCAGUCGAAGCUUGUGUUGACUCUUUGUAAGAUGGAGAAAGAGUUUAUGCCAACUUUUUUCACAAUCAUGGUGCAUCUACUAAUUCAUCUAGUGGAGGAGGUCAAACUCGGUGGACCUGUUCAUUAUAGGUGGAUGUAUCCCAUUGAGAGGUAUUUGGCCUUUUUGAAAUCUCAUGUAAGCAAUAAAGCGCAACCAGAAGGAUCCAUAGCUGAAGGGUACCUUUUAUGGGAAACAAUUGCUUUUUGUUCGAGAUAUUUAGAAAGUGUCGAGACCAUAUUCAACAGACCGAAAAGGAAUGAAGAUGGUGUUCCAGACAUCAACAACUAUUUAUAUGACUCUGCUGGUCGUGUAGUGGGGAUGAAAAAGAAUGUCCGUGUUGAUGACAAAAGUUUAAAGCAAGCACAUCGUUAUGUUUUGCUUCAUUCAGAUGAGAUGAAACCGGCCAAUGACCUAGAUGAUAGCACAAAAGAAGGAAAAUUAAGAAAAGCCUUGGCCUAUGGUUUAAGCAAUCGCGGCAAAAGGAUGAAAAGUGUUAUUAUCAAUGGCUAUAAGUUUGACACCGUGGACCGUGAGCGAUCUCGAAAGACUCAAAAUUCCGGAAUUAUGGUAGAAGCUGAUGGCCAAGAGUAUUACGGGAAACUUAAUGAAAUAUUAGAACUGGAUUAUUAUGGUUCUUUCAAGGUUCUAAUGUUCCGAUGUGACUGGGUUGAUGUACGGAGGGGUGUCAAAACAUACACGAACGAUAGAGUUCGUGUCAAUUUCUCAAAGUUGAUGCACACUGGUCAAAAUUUGGAUGAUGAUCCAUUUAUUUUCUCUUCUCAAGCAAAACAAGUUUUUUACAUUGAGGAUGAGAUACAAAAAGGAUGGCUUCAUGUUAUUAAGACUAAGCCUAGGGACUUGUUUGAUAUUCCUGAUGAUGACGAUGAUGAUGAGCUUCUAAAUGAUAGUGUUUUGGAUUUAUAG